AUGGAGUCCCAGAAUCAAGAGGCGGAGCUGCAGCGGCUUUACCACCGGCUGCUGAGCCCUCUGUCUCUGCUUCCCCGGAAAGUGACGCCCGCAGAGCCUCAGAAGAGCCGCACGCAGGAAGUUUCCACAUUGCAGUCCGUGCCCCUCGCCAAGUUGAAAGUGGGGCCGCUGUGUUGCCAGGUGUCCAAGCGGCUGGCGGGCAAAGGGCUGUCUGCGCGGGUGACGCGCCAGGACCGGCUCCAUCUCAUCCAGGUCAUCCUGGAUGAGCUGAAGUGCGGCUGGCGGGAACCCCCGGCGGAACCUGCUCUCAACUACGAGAACAACCAGAAGCUGCGGAAACGGCUGGAGACCUACGUGCUGAUCUGCAGCGAGCAGCUGUUCCUGCGCUACCUGCACCUGUUGGUCACCCUGCCGGCCUCCAGAAGGGUCUUCACCGAAUCGGCCACCCUCAGCCGCUUGGCCGCCAACCUUGCCAGGGAUUGCACGGUCUUCCUCACCGGUCCCGACGUCUACCGUUAUGUACUGGCGGAUUUUCAGACCCUGCAGAACUUCGAGCAGAUCCGUGGUGGCCUGUCCAAGGUGCGCCCCCCAGCCUGCCCUGCUGGGUCUUUCAAGCUCUGUCCCAUCUCCUGGCCUCACAGCACCGGCUUCGACCAAGUGCCAUGCUCUAGCCUUAACCUGAACUACCUGGUCCAACUCAGCCGCCCACAAGAUUUUUUCCUUGAGCCGGAACCGGAUCCAGUGAAGGAAUUGAACUCCAUCCCCCAGCUGAAGGGUAGAAAGCCUCUCCUCUUGCUUCCCUCCGCUAGAAAAGAGAAAGAAAUUGACUUGGGGCCCUCCCAGGUGAUGCCACAGCCUGGCCAGUCUGAGGCCACUCCCACUAGCCAGGCUUCCCUGGUACCCACUUUCCGGAUCUACUCCCAGCUCCAGAGGGGCCAGUCGGUACCCUGUCUGCGUGAGGGCUGGAAGCUGGCUGAUGAGCUGGGCUUUCCUCCACUCCCUCCUCACUCUCUCACUCCCCUGAUCUUGGCUCCAGAGAGACACCCCGAGCUGUACGGGGACACUGUGGCUGAGGAUCUGAAACAGAAGACAAAGAAUAUAGCAAUGGAAUGGACUCGCUACUCACCACUGGAGUCGGGCAUGCCCCCACUCCUGGGGGUCCUGACCCGCCGCCAAACUGCUGAGCGUCACAAGAAGGAGCUGCAGCAAAUGCUGAAGAUCCUGGAGGAGGAAGAAGCCUCUGGGCAGUGGGAUCUCCAGCCCUCCCGACCUUCCCCACUUCAUCCACAGCCAGUGACCAUUACUUUGAAGCUAAAAAAUCAGAUCAUGGUCCAGGUAGCCACCGUGCAGCUUUCUGAAAGAUACUUUUCAGACUCUUUCUAUGUUGAAGGGGCUGGAGUCCUGUACAACCACCUGACUGGUGAACUGGAUUCCAAAGUCACAGAAGAAAUGGAUGCUGAUCGACUCGUUGGCAAUAGCACUAAAGAGGUCUACAAAGAGCUGAUGAGCCAAGUCUCAACCAGCCACUUCCGCUUUGACCAAGGACCCUUGGUUGAGCCUUCAGCAGAUAAAGAUUGGUCUGCCUUCCUGUCCUCAGCUUAUUUAUACCAGGAUAAACAUACUCAAAUCAUCAACCCUGAUCUGGCAGGAUUUUACCCCAAGAGGACAAGCAGUCAGCAGUUGAACUCUGAAAAGAUGCCUUUACUUACAUUGCUCCAAAGGCACAGAAGUUGGGACAAGCAGCCAAAUAAGGCUGUGUGGAUGAACUGGUGGAAAAGCUCUGUAUCCACAGAAGACUACUUCAAGUUCCUCACCACUCAGGAGACAGAUUUCCUCCAUGUCAUUUUCCAGAUGUAUGAAGAAGAAACUCCUGUGGAUAUACCGGUCCCUGUCAAAGAACCGGUAGAGAUCCAGCAACCUCCUCCCCUACUAGAAGAUGAAGGGCCAGACUUUGUACCAGGAGAGUGGGAUUGGAACUCAGUGAUAGAGGACAGCUCAGAAGCUGAGAAAGCCCAGAUAGCCGGCCUGCAGCAACGUCUGGAACGACUGUGGCUUAUGUUGGAAGUCCCUGACAAGAGCCGGUCGGACAUGGUCACCAAAUAUAGCUCCAAUGCUCACCUGCAGCAGCUACCAGCCUUGCUCAGGGCCUGGGAGAGGGCCCUGAAGCCCAUUCAGAUGCGGGAGUUGUUGCUAGGGAGAUUGGAGUGGUUUGAACGACAGGCCUCCGACCCCAACCGCUUCUUCCAAAAGGACCUGGUCCUGAAUCGACUCCUAGAAGAGAAUCGGUUCCGUAGUUAUAUCCAAAGGAAGCUCAAUCGAAUUGAAUCUUCUUUGGUCUCCAUGCUGGAAAAGAUUGAGGCGGUCUUUGGGGAGCCAGUGACCUUCAGGGGGCGGAGCUACCUGGAGAAGAUAAAGCAGGACAGAGUGGAGAUGCUUUAUUGGCUCCAGCAGCAGCGGCGGGUUAACCAUCUGAUGCAGGCCCAAAGGACUUUCCAGCAGUCAUGGCUGUUCUCCAAGAACAGCAGCUAGCCCUUAAUAACUCCGGGGAAUAACCCCCCUACCCACUGAGCAAGCCAGGUGUCAGAAAUAUAAAUAUUUCUACAAGGGACUGAGGUUUCUUGGCUUAACAGUGGAGCUCUAAAAGAAUUCCCCAAGCCUAGUUAUUCCCAUUUGUGGCAAAGGCCUUGCCCAAUACAACCAAAAUCCUAUACCAAAAUACUGAAAUGGUCCCUUUUGAAGUUCACUGUAAUCAAGGUCAGACAGAGGCAAAUCAGGAUCUCCAGAACAAUCCAGUUUAACAUUCCUGUCAUGCUAAAUUAAAUUGUCUGAUUGGAGCCCCAAGUCACACUUGAUUAGGCACAAUGGCAUAAUUACUUAAGAGCCAGGGCUCUGGAAUUGGCAGCUGUGUGUUUAAAUCCUGCCCCUAUGAGCUAG